AUGCCGCCUGCCUGGCGAGGCGGCGCAGCCUUCGCUGCUGCCACCUCCCCUGCUGCUGCCACUGCGGCGGCACCAGCCUGUCUGGGUGCACACGAGCCGGCGGGCUUUGCAGGAGCGCCUGGCUCCGGGUCCAGCGCCGAGCCCCCGCCCCCUCUCCAGGCCGGGUCAGCUCCGGCUGCGCCCAGCCCUGCGCGGAGCGCGCGUCCCGCUCCCUCCCCCCUUCCCGCUCCAGCUGAUCCAGCCCCGCGCCGGCCGCCUGCGCCUUCACAACUGCACCGAUUCAACAAGAUGGCGGGAUCCGUGGCGAAGAGGGACGCGCUGAAAAUAGAGGACGGGCAUUUAAACAACUCCUUGGGAUCCCCAGUGCAAGCAGAUGUGUAUUUUCCACGGCUGAUUGUCCCAUUUUGUGGACACAUCAAAGGAGGAAUGAGGCCAGGAAAGAAGAUCUUAGUUAUGGGCAUGGUGGAUCUCAAUCCCGAGAGCUUUGACAUCAGUCUGACAUGUGGGGGAUCAGAAGAUCCUUCUGCGGAUGUAGCCAUUGAACUGAAAGCCGUAUUUACAGACAAACAGUUCCUCAGAAACUCUUGUGUAUCUGGCGAAUGGGGCGAAGAACAAUCAUCAAUUCCUUACUUUCCAUUUAUUCCAGACCAGCCAUUUAGGGUUGAAAUACUUUGUGAGCACCCCCGUUUUAGAGUAUUUGUGGAUGGACAUCAGCUUUUUGAUUUUUACCAUCGUAUUGAAACACUGUCCGCAAUUGACACAAUAAAGAUAAAUGGAGAUCUUCGUCUUACUAAACUUGGCUGACCUAGUGAAAACACUGGCUCAGGUGCCAUCUUCUAUCUGGAAGAUCAGUGACAGCUGCGUUUGGACACAACUAUCAUAGGCAAGCUUCACUGUUUCUUUCCUGUGUGUGUGCAGUAAAGAAUAUGUUGAUAAAUUGAACUGAUAUUUAUCCUACUGAAGAAAGCUGUUGAUUUAUAGACACUGAGCCAUUUUUCUUCAAACAGACUAGCCCCUCCAUGCAGGAUAAUCAAAUUAGAAUGGAUUCAGAAAGAUUUACAGUCUUGUCAUAAGUUGCAGCAGCUAUUAACCUUCUCAGAGAGAGGCAAUUUCUGAAACAAGUGCUAAAGCCAGCUAUUGAUCAGCGAUUAAACAAAAACAUUUUUUUUGCAAAUAGUUUCUGCACUGAAGUGGAUUAGUGUAGCACAGCACAGGGCCAAAUGCUGACAUCCUUAUCCAGGGCCUGAUCCUGUCUCCAUUUUAAUCAAUGGCAAAACUCCCAUUGACUUCAGUGGCUCAUGACUCAUGAUCAAAAACGUUCAGUCCUUCAGUUGAGCACAAUUCUCAUUGAUUUCUAUGAGUUUUGCCGAAGAAAGGGGCAGAUCCUCAGCUGAUGUUAAUCAGCAUAGUUCCAUUAACUUCAGUGGAAUUAGGCUGAUUUAUGCCAGCGGAAGAGUUGGCCCACGAACUGUGCAAAAACUGAGUAAGGGCUUCAGGAUUUGGCUUGUAUAUUUUAGUCAGGGUAUUUGUAUAGAAUGUAGAUUGUUACAAGUUUUUGCACAAUGGAACGUUAAUACAGUUUUUGACGCUUACCCGUAGUUUAUUUAUUUAUACUCAUCUCUGUAUGUAUUCUUAGUAAAACUGAACGAUUUUACUGACAAUUAAGAACAACAAAGUAUAAGUAUUUUG